CAGAUCCACCGAGGGCGCCACUCAUCCUACAUAUGCGCUGAUCGGCUCAACUGCAGUACUGCUCGGUUGCCUGGCAGGUCACCAUCACUGCUAAGAUUGUUGAAUGGACGCCGUGCCAUUCAUCCCAACGCAAGACGAUGUCAUCGCAACCAAAUCCUCACCAUCAAGGAAGCGUUUUCGUCGUCGUAGCUCGAGCUCCAUCACCAUGGAUCAGCCUCUCCCUUCGCAGGCUACUUCUUGUCCGGAUAGCAGCAGCGAGCCACGCAGAGAUGAUAAGUACUACUUCUGUGAUGGAAGCUGCAUAUUACAGGUCGGGAACACCCUUUUCAAUGUGAGGAGAUCCGCUGUUCCGUGCAGGCCAAGUGCUCAUAUCCUGUCUCAAGAUUCACCGAUCAUCCUCCAGGGUGACACCCCAGACGAAUUCCGCAACUUCUUGUGGUCCCUUUAUGCCUUGCCACACGAAAUUACGAUGGUCCGGUCCUCCCAAAUCGACCUCAACCGUCUCAUAGACGUCGCAAAAGUAGCGAGCAAAUACUCCUUCAGAUCAACAGAGUCUUGGGCUCUUGAUGCCAUCCAGAAGUAUAUCGAAAGACAACCAUCCCCCUUAUUCAACCCCAUUUCUCCGAGCACUUCCUUCUCGUUCAACUCAACGGUAUUUGCACCACCCGACAGCAAGGCCCAAAUAUCGCGUCUCCUCCGGUUAGCUGAAACAUGCGGUCAUCAGAAACUUCUCGAAACGAUGGUGUCUCUACUUCGUCAGCACAUGUCGACGUCCUUGCACUAUUCCUAUCUGGCUAUGACCCUAGCCGAUGAACUUGACUUGCGGGAGCUCCGCGGCCUGGCAUACAUGGAAGUUUUGCAGCGUGCUGUCUUUAUCUCUGUUCACGGAGACGGCAGGGCUGAGGCGGAGGGGGAAAUACAAGAGACUCCCGAUGGGCUCGAACGCCUCGUCGUCAGUCCCAUACAGCAGCAUCGUCUUCUGUCUGGACAUUAUCGUCUUUGCAGGGUAUGGGAAAAGCUGCGAGCCGUACCCCUACCGUUUGACCACUCGUCAUCGUGCGGAAGCAACUGGACUCAGCACUCCUGCAUGCAAAACUGGAUAGACUUUUGGAAAGAGAAGACAAGGGCAGACGGGCUCCUUUCUCUCGACAGCGCAAAUGUCCUUGGGAGAUUGACAUUCAUCUUGAAGGAGUUUGAGAAGUGGGGAUCAGUCUCUUACAUGCAUCCAGACUGCAAAGUUGUGGCGAAGCGUACUAUCCACGAGAAGAUCAGGAGCAUUCAGGAGUCGUUGCCCGAUUAUUUUUAUGAAGGAGGAGAAUAUUUGUAACAAAUUGCCUAUGUUGUUGUUCUUUCGCUUGUUAUUAUCUUCCUUUACAUAGUGUAGUAGUUCCUCCUGAUAGAUUAAACCCUUUGCUUCCCCUUCAUUGCGACUUCGUGGCUCAGAGUCAUGUCAAAG